AUGGCCGCCGAAGCAAUUCGCAGAAGUGUCCCGAACGACCACAGCUGCCUCUUUUGGGCUGUUGCCUACCUUGCCGAAGGCGACGUGGGUCGCGCGAAGGCGGCCCAGCUCCGAGAGGUUUGUGCACAAGAUGCUCUUAGCGAUCCUGACCCGUUGACUCGCGCUCUACUUCUGGGCUUCAACAGCAUCGACGAGUAUGCAGACUGGAUCAGAAACGAGUUCCACUGGGGUGGGGAGAACGAGAUUAUAAGCCUAGCCAAGCACUAUGGUCUUGAAGUCGCUGUUGUCUGCUGUGAGUCCAUGCAAGUGCUUUGUUAUGGCUCGGACCUCCCUGCCUGCUCUGCGCGGAUAUACAUCCUCUACACUGGCCAGCACUAUGACCCGAUAGUGUGCGGAUCCGAUGCCGACGUCCCAGUGGAGCAGGAGCAGAAGAAGCACAAGAAAGGCGACAUGAGUUUGGAAGCCAAAGCCCUGGAGCUUGCGCGGCGGCAUGUCGCGGAAGCCGCGAAGAAAGCUAAGCAGCGGCGCGCCAAGAAGAUCAAGUGUGGUGGCUGCGGAGCGCUGCUAAGUGAUGCAGAGGCGUUUGCGACACACUGUGGCGAAGUCGACCACGAUGACGACUUUGCCUACGAUUGCGAAGAGGUGGAAGUGGUGAUCGAGGAAGGUGAGGAGCUUCCCGAGGGAACGGUGGACUUGAAUGCAGACCAUGUUUACAGUUUCAGCAACACUGGCAAGGACCCGUUGUGCCAUGCAUUUCCUGCUACAGUGACACUGGCCGGCGUGAGUUUCCCAAGCCUGGAGCACUACUGGCAGGCGGCUCCCUUCAUUGGUCAGGAAGACGCAUUGGUUCGAAGCAUCGCCGCUGCCGCGACGGUCGACGAGGCGAUGAUUCUGGCCGGGGGCGCCGGCCCCAAUGCGCAGCGCAGCGACUUCCGGGAGAGGCGACUCGAGUUGCUGGCGGAAGGUCUCAAAGCAAAGGCAGCUCAGUGCCCUGCUUUUGUUCAAGCACUGCAGGCUACAGGCGAGAAGACUCUGGUCUUUGCGGACACCGAUCCCUGGGCGGGCAUGCAAGCACCAGGCGGUUUGGCAACGGGGCAGAACGCUGUUGGGAAGGCCCUGAUGGAGCUCCGCAGCCACCUGAGAUCCGCUUGA